AUGGCCUCGGCGACAUAUCAGAGCCUCACGCUGGCCCUGCUGGUGCUGUGUAGCGUUACGAGCCCCAUCGAGAGCCGCUACCGGGAAAAGGACGGCAAGAAGGGAAAGUCAUCGCCCCUGAACCUCCCGCCGAUAGUGGUCCCGUCGCCGCUGAUGAACCUCUGCUCGGGCGACCGGGAGAUGAAGCUCGUCUGCCACUGCUCGCCGGACGAUCCGCACGUGAAGGCCCAGAAGGCGAACUGUUGGAUAUUCAGUAAGGAGUUACCGCGCAAGGACGCGAACUGGCUGGCGUUCCAAACGCAAUCGACCUUGGAGCAGCUCAAGAUCACGGUGCAGAAGAUCGGCAACCUGGCGUACAUUCCGUCGGAUGUGCUGCACACGCUCAAGUAUCUGAAGCAGCUGACGAUCGAGUACGGGGUCAUACCGGACCUGCAGAACUACGCCUUCGGUAACCUGACCGAGCUGCGGAACGUGACGCUGCACAAGAACCAGAUUCGGCUCGUGCACCCGUUCGCCUUCGCCAACCACCCGUACCUGGAGGAGAUCAAUCUGGAGCGCAAUGAGAUCAUCGAGCUGGACAAGGAAGCGCUGGUGCACCUGCCCGCGCUGAAGCGGCUCAAUCUGGACUUUAACAAUCUGACCCUGCUGCACGACGAUGUGUUCGUGUACCUGACCAGCCUGGACGAGCUGAAGCUAGAAUCGAACCAGAUUUCGGUGCUGACACGCGAGAUUUUCAAAGGGCUGGGCAACCUGCGGAUACUGAAGCUCACCGCCAACAGUUUGACUUUCAUCGGUGACACGAUCUUCGCCGAGCUCUGGAGCCUCCAGGAGCUUGACCUUGACCACAACCAGAUCGAGAAACUGUCGGCCCGGGCGUUCGAUGGACUGAACAACCUGCGAAAGCUGAACCUGGAAAACAAUCGGCUGAAGCGGUUGGAGCGUGGCAUCUUUACCGGCGUCCCGGCCGUGCUCAAUCUGAACCUAAACUCCAAUCAGCUGGAAACGAUUACGUACAACAACUUCCUCCCGCUGAUGGACAACCUUGUCAACAGUACGGCCAUUCUGCACCUUAAAGACAACCGGUUCGUCUGCGACUGCCGACUCCUGUGGCUGUUUGAUCUGCGGAACAACACCAAAAACGAUGUGCUGCGACAGGCGCUCCAGCAGAUCGAAUGCCUGCACGACUUCAAGGGAACCUCCGUGUACGGCCUUCCGCUGCCGAACCACCUGCUGAAGGAGUACGGCCGCGAGCUCGUUCCCGCCACGGACACGGACUACUACGACGAAACCGGACACCGGCUGCAGAAGCCACCGCAGGUGGCGGUACAGAAGAAGUUCAGCUCAGCCCGAUCGGCUAGCGAUGAGCGAGCGGCCGUGGCUGCUGGUCAGCUAGAGAAGCCCGCCACCUUGAUGGGUCCCCAGACCGUGACGUUGAUGAGCCUACGGAAGGACACCAUCAUGCCGUGCCCGAAGGAGCUGGACGAGCCCACGGAGCUGCCGCUGUCGCGCGAAUCCAUCGGCCUCGAUAUGGGCUGGCGGUCGUCGGUGACGGCCACCAGUGCCACCGGGCGGUUGGGUGGCGGCAGUGCGGCACUGCUCGUCGGUACGCUCCUGUUCUUCGCCUUCUCUCCCCAGUGUUAG